GGUUUGGUUUACAAAGAUAUGGGAGAGUACGAAAAAGCAAAAGAUUUUUAUGAACGAGCGAUGGAAAUUGAAACAAAAGCAUUUGGAACUGACCAUAUUAAUAUUGCGACAACGUACAACAAUCUGGGUUUGGUUUACAGUAUAAUGGGAGAGUGCAAAAAGCAAAAGAUUUUUAUGAACGAGCGAUAGAAAUUAAAACAAAAGCAUUUGGAGCUGACCAUAUUAAUAUUGCGGCAACGUACAUCAAUCUGCGUUUGGUUUACCAUGAUAUGGGAGAGUACGAAAAAGCAAAAGAUUUUUAUGAACGAGCGAUUGAAAUUGUAAAAAACAAAUUAGUUGCUGAUGAUGAAACUUUGAAUAAAGAUGAAGUUAUUGGAACUCAUUCAACUCCACAAGCUCUGCACGGUAAAGAAAACAGAAAACGAGGUCCUCUUAGUCGUCAUAAAAAUGAUGAAAGCUUUAAUGAUGACAGUUCUGAUGAUGACAGUACUGGAGAUGACAGUUCUGAUGAUGACAUUACUAGAGAUGACAGUUCUAGUGAUGAUAAUCUCAUCAAUAAUGGCCCUGGUUAUGGUGCGUCAAAUGAUCUCUUUAAAUCCGAUGAUGAUCAUUUAUUUGAAAAGAUGUUUCUUGAUGAUGAAUAUGACAUUAAAGAAGAUGUGCACAUAAAGCUCAAAAGUUUGCCUUGGAUGCGGGGCGUUUAUGGAAAAGUCGGUCCAAACGAGAAACUACCAUAUUUCCAUUUGUUUAUCACAGUGGAUUACAAGAAUGUUCAUGAAGCUGAAUUGAAAGAUGAAAUCAAUAAAAUGUUUGGACCAAAUGCUUCGAGGUACUUUGAAUUUCAUCCAAAACCAUCGAAAACACCAAAGCUUCAACUGCUAUCAAAGAUUGCAGUAGAAAGAAACAGUCGGACAGUUUCAAGAGGCACAUUAACGAUGUUCUGUUAUCAGAACGGGAAACAUUACGCGUUGACCUGUUGUCAUGUUUGUUACAACGGAGAUGGUGAUGACAAACUUUAUAAAAUGCUCAAUCAAAACAAAAAUGACCCUAACGAAUUCAAAUCACAUUUGAAUACAAAUCAAUACAUCUACACAUCAUCUUCAGAACCCAAUAUUCACUUAGGAUAUUUCAGCGACUAUAAUUUACAAACUGACAUGGACAUUUUGUCAAUAGAAGUCAAUGAAGAUUUUAAAGAAAAUUGCAGACGAAAUAAAAUACAUAGACCUUCAUGGAAUAAUACAUGGAGGGAGCUGAAUAAACGAGUUCAUGUUGAGCACGAGACAGUUGAAGUAAAAAAGUAUGAGAAGUAUAAAAUUGGGAAAAUUUAUGAUGUUUCUUUUUCCUGUAAUGAUCCUGAAGGGAAGGUCGUGUAUCAGGAUGCCGUUCUAGUGAAAAGCAAAGAGCAUUUCCUUAAAAGUGGUGAGUCUGGCGUGCUAGUAUAUUUUCGAGAUGAGCAUGGAAGAAGAAUUCCUUUUGGUUAUGGUAUUGCUCGGGUUUAUCACGAGGAACUCUGCGAGCCAGGGUAUAAGUAUUAUAUAUGCUUCAAACUGAGUAAGGCUUUAAAAAAGUUAUUUGGUGAAGAAAACUGUGAGAGCUGUGGCUGUUUUCGUGAUUGUGCAAAUGCCAUGCAAUGAUGGCGCUUGAUUGGAAAGCAUCUUGUCAUCUUACUUAUAUUCUGUUGAAGUAUCAUACACGCCACGCCUGGUAUUGACAAUUUCAAAACAUCUUCAAUUUAUAUAGGAGAGUUUUAUAUUUAGCCUUACACUUAUUAUAAUAGAUGAAUCACUGAAAUAUAGAAUUGUUUUUUUAUAUUGUGUCCAAGGUUACUGGAGGAUCAAAACUGGAAACUUAUAUGCCCUUUUAGCAGUAAAAAAGAAUGAAACAAUUCUUGAGAGCUGCAUUUUUUUUUGAAGUUAACUCACUCGCUGUUCAAAUAUUUUUAUACAAUAUAUAACAAUAUAUCAUGCAGUUGUAUGAAUUUGUAGAAGGAAAAAUCUUAAGGAAAUUAAUUAAAGUUAAAAUUUAUACAUCAUUAA